CAGGCACACACAGACACACACACAGACACACACAGACACACGCAGGCACACACAGACACACACAGGCACACACAGACACACACAGACACACACACAGACGCACACAGGCGAGCGAGCGUGCAGGAAGUGCCCACGAUGUCAUCUCGUGCCCUGCGGAAGCUGAAGGGCGGGCGUGCCCAGGAGGAGUUGGGGGGCCCGGCGGUGGACGAGGAGGUGGAGGACGAGGUGGAGGACGAGGUGGAGGAGACUGGGGCGGCAGACAGCAAUAGGGGGUUCGGAGCUCACCCCGUCAACCGCUUCUGCCUGCUGGGUGAGGAGGAGGAGGAGGAGGUGGAUGGUCAUGAAGAGGGUGGAGGCGAGAACCGGAGCCACACACAGACACCUGGGGCAACGGAGGAGGGAAGCCUGGCCCUAAGGGGAGGUGCAAAGAAGGUGAGGAGGAGGAAGAAGCGGGCCGUGAAGGAGACCAAGGAGCAGGCCGUGUCGACGUCAUCGUCGUCGUCGUCGCCGCCCUGGGAGGCCGCGGGGCGCAACGGGGGCGCGGACGACGACGGGGAGCACCCCCCCAGCUCGCGCGGCCAGCCGCAGCCGUGCGGCGCCCCCCACGGACACCGACAGCUCCUGAACGUCGAGCACAGGCACUUGAACCCAGAUAAUGAACUCAAGCGUUUUUUUGGAGCCCGGGCUGUGAUGGGAGACGCCAACAGGAGAAGGAGGAGGCACAACCAGCCUUGUCGGCGCCACACGUGGCUCACGGUGCCCAAGGACACGUGGCCUCGCCCCGGACGCACGGGCAUUGGCAUGGAGCUGGUGGAGAGCCGUGGGGGGCUGCACUUCUUCCGCUUCGUCCACUCGCGCGACUACCAGCGCGUGCAGAACGCAUUCCUCGACGCGGUCGACUCCAUGGACCCCCACAACCUCGUGGCUCUGACCCACACGUCGCCCUACCACGUGGACUCGCUGCUUCAGCUCAGCGACGUCUGCCGCCUGCAGGAUGACCACGAGAUGGCGCGGGAGUUCGUGGAGAGGGCGCUCUUCUGCCUGGAGUCGAGCUUCCACCCCUUGUUCAGUCUGACCAGCGGGUCCUGUCGCCUGGACUACAGAUACCCCGAGAAUCGGUCAUUGUACCUGGCCCUGUUCAAGCACCUCGCCGCGCUAGAGAAGAGGGGCUGCUCACGCACGGCACUCGAGUUGGCCAAGCUGAUACUGAGCCUAGCGCCGGACGAGGACCCACUGGGAGUGUUGCUGCUCAUUGACCACCUGUGCCUCCGUGCUCGUGAAUAUCGCUACCUCACUCACUUCUACCGCCAGCUAGAGCCCAGCAAGAAUCUCUCCCAGCUGCCAAACAUGGCGUUCUCUGUGGCGCUCGCAUGGCACCACCUGGAGGUGGAGGAGGUGGAGGCGAGGGUGGAGGAGGAGGUGGAGGAGGUGGAGGGGGGCAGGGAGGCGCGGGGAGGGGGGCACGAGGCUGGCGGGGGGUCCCACGGCUCGACCCCCAGCAAGGCCGACGAGCUCCUGCAGGAAGCUCUGCUCGCGUUCCCCUCGGCGCUGAUGCUGUUGCUGGGGAAGUGCGGGGUGGAGCCAACGCCGGAGGUCGCACAGCACCCCUACCUGGGCACGAUGGCCUCACGCGGGGACCCGCCAGCCCUGCAGGAGCUGACCUGGCUCUUUGUGGAGCGCGCCGCCACUGAGUGGCGCUCCCCUCCCGUGGUGCUGUGGCUGGAGUGGCGGGUGGCUCGCCUCGUCGCCGCCCUGGACAGCGACCCCCAGCUCGCACGGCAGGCGGCCAGCAGGAGGAAGGUGUGCUACCGAGGCUCUCCACGUAACGUGCACCGCCACGUCGUGCUGUCCGAGGCCAAGGAGGCGACCGCUCACCUUCCCCCGGAGGUGACCAACAGUCCCAUUCUGGGUUACGAUCCGCUCCCUCCACUCGACUCCAUUGUCUCCUACACCCGGCCUGAGCGACCGCCAGCUCCAGCUGGAGGAGGCACCCUCUCUCUCUUCUUUCGCUCGCUUUUGCCCAGCUUCAACAUGCGGCAGGAUCCCGUCGCACAGGGUGCGUUAGGCGCGGACGACGAUGGAGCCGACGCCGGAGCCGAGGGGGCGGAGGGAGGAGGGGACGGGGGCCGUGAGGUCGGCAGGGGAAUCACUCAGCUGCUCGCCGCCAUGAGGGAGCUGCUCGCCAACAUUCGAUUCGACGACGACGGAGGGCGGGCGGGGGGCGGCGUUGGGGGGGCCGGCGACCCGGACGACCCGGACGACCCGGGGCACCAGGAGGAGGAGUGGGACUGAGGACGCUCGGCACGGCACGCUCGGCUCGGCACGCUCGGCUCGCCACGCUCGCCACGCUCGCCACGCUCGGCACGCAGACGUACGCUCGCCGUGGACGGAUCAGGCGAUUGUCGUUUCCACCUCCCCUCCAGAAGGUUGUCCUCUCGAUUCCAGGAGAUCCACGACCACUGGACAGUGUUCGCCAUCUCCAGUAAAUCUCACAUCAGUUGUUAUUUUCUUCUUCUUCUUCUCCUUCUCCUUCUUUCCUAUCUUCCAACCCCCCCCCCCCCCCGUCUCUAGUCGAACUUCUCGAUCUUAAGCGGGACCACCUGUCGAUCCGGCAGACCUCUUCCAGCAGACUUUAACUUACAGAAGAUGCCCUUGAUCCCCAGAAGAUGUCCUCCAUCUCUCGACGGAUCAUCAACUCCUGAAGAUGUCCUCCAUCUCUAGAUGUAUCACCACCUCCAGAAGACGUCCUCCAUCUCUAGAUUGAUCACCACCUCCAGAAGAUGUCCUCCAUCUCUAGAUUGAUCACCACCUCCAGAAGAUGCCCUCCAUCUCUAGAUUGAUCACCACCUCCAGAAGAUGCCCUCCAUCUCUAGAUGGAUCACCAUCUUCAGAAGAUGUCCUCCAUCUCUAGAUGGAUCACCAUCUCCAGAAGACGUCCUCCAUCUCUAGAUGGAUCACCAUCUUCAGAAGAUGUCCUCCAUCUCUAGACGGAUCACCACCUCCAGAAGAUGCCCUCCAUCUCUAGAUGGAUCACCAUCUCCAGAAGAUGCCAUCCAUCUUUAGAUGGAUCACUAUCUCUAGAAGAUGCCAUCCAUCUCUAGAUGGAUCACCAUCUCCAGAAGACGUCCUCCAUCUCUAGAUGGAUCACCAUUUCCAGAAGAUGCCCUCCAUCUCUAGAUUGAUCACCAUCUUCAGAAGAUGCCCUCCAUCUCUAGAUGGAUCACCAUCUCCAGAAGACGUCCUCCAUCUCUAGAUGGAUCACCAUUUCCAGAAGAUGCCCUCCAUCUCUAGAUGGAUCACCAUUUCCAGAAGAUGCCCUCCAUCUCUAGAUGGAUCACCAUUUCCAGAAGAUGCCCUCCAUCUCUAGACGGAUCACCAUCUCCAGAAGAUGUCCUCCAUCUCUAGAUGGAUCACCACCUCCAGAAGAUGUCCUCCAUCUCUAGACGGAUCACCAUCUUCAGAAGAUGUCCUCCAUCUCUAGAUGGAUCACCAUCUCCAGAAGAUGUCCUCCAUCUCUAGACGGAUCACCAUCUUCAGAAGAUGUCCUCCAUCUCUAGAUGGAUCACCAUCUUCAGAAGAUGUCCUCCAUCUCUAGAUAGAUCACCACCUCAAGAAGAUGUCCUCCAUCUCUAGACGGAUCACCAUUUCCAGAAGAUGUCCUCCAUCUCUAGAUAGAUCACCACCUCCAGAAGAUGUCCUCCAUCUCUAGACGGAUCACCACCUCCAGAAGAUGCCCUCCAUCUCUAGAUGGAUCACCAUCUUCAGAAGAUGUCCUCCAUCUCUAGAUUGAUCACCACCUCCAGAAGAUGCCCUCCAUCUCUAGAUGGAUCACCAUCUCUAGAAGAUGUCCUCCAUCUCUAGACAAAUCACCACCUCCAGAAGAUGUCCUCCAUCUCUAGACGGAUCACCACCUCCAGAAGAUGUCCUCCAUCUCUAGACGGAUCACCAUUUCCAGAAGAUGUCCUCCAUCUCUAGAUAGAUCACCACCUCCAGAAGAUGUCCUCCAUCUCUAGACGGAUCACCAUCUCCAGAAGAUGUCCUCCAUCUCUAGACGGAUCACCACCUCCAGAAGAUGCCCUCCAUCUCUAGAAGAUAACCUUCAAGAAGAUGCCAUCCAUCUCUGGACGGAUCAGCAUCUCCAGAAGAUGCCUUCCAUCUCCAGAAUUCUGCCACAGUGGUGGAACGGUUCAAAGCAGUGCUCGAUUUUAUCUCCCGCCAGUGGCAGCUGAAACGACGGGGUCAAUAAAUUUUCCCAAAUCUGCCCACCACUUCUGCCCCCCCCCCCCCCCCGCCUCUCCCCCCAAGAGCUGUUGGUUGCGCACAAUCGAAUCUCGUACGCAUCUCCGCAACCAGUUGCCGUGAGCAGGUUGCGGAAUCACGACGCAACUGGUCGCUGCUCCCGCGCAACCAAAAAAAAAAUAUCGCAAACCACACACGACCACAGUUCUCCGCAGCAGCUGCAGUCGAUCAACUCCCUUUCUCCCUCCCCACCGUGUGAUGUGACGGCCUUCAUAGGUGCUACCCGCUAACAGUCUGUUAAAGGCUAUACGGGGGGGGGGUGGAUCUUUGUCUUUGUUUUGUGUGUGCGCACGUGGGAAGCGGGUUCGCGGUGGUUAAGCUCGCUGCGCGAGGAAACCAGCGGAGCCGAGUUCGAUUCCCCCGCUCGUGGCCAAAACACCAGGUCCGGUCAUUGGUCCCGGGCCUCCCCUGGGUCGACUCGGCCUCAAAUUUGUACCCUGGUGCGGUGUGUAAACGUCGCCAACUCGGGAGACGAAGGCGGCCGGCCGUGGUGCUGGCAAGCCCACCCCCUCGUGCGCCCCACAGUGCCGGCCUUUCCUAGGCCCCGCUAACUCGCUACCUACGGCACUUGCCCCAACACCCUGCCGAGGCUACACGUGGGUGGGGGGGGCGGAUCUUUGGAGCUUCUCAGACACGAGGUGGGUGAGGAGGGGGGGGAGGGCGGGGCUCUGCUGCUGCUGCAAAAAGUGGGCGUGGCUGCGCUCAGUUUAGCCACGCCCAGUCACAUGGCCACGCCCGCUGCUAGCGCAACCGCUCGCUCGGAUGUGGGCAAAGCGGCUGCCGCCGGUCGUCCGACCGCGUCCUGUGUCCGGUUUGAAGGAAAUAAAAGGCGGACGUUGUUCACCA